AGUUUGAAUGUGAUUGUUUGUGACCCAGGCAGUUGAACACUAUGUUUACUUUCUUACUUUUGAUAAACACUCUCUUUGUACAAGCCGUGCUAUGUCUGAAGCUGACAGAACUCGACGUUCCUUCAGUAGUCAAACAGGGCGCCCCCGUGUGGCUGUAUUGUGGAUAUGACCUGGAGGAAGAUGAACUAUACUCUGUGAAGUGGUACAAGAAUCAUGUCGAGUUCUACCGAUACUUACCCAGUGAUGAGCCACCUGGACAAAAAUACGAUCUACUUGGUGUGCACAUUAAUCUAAGCAAGUCCAACCAAACGCAUGUCUACUUGGAGAAAACCGAUGUUAACAGUGAAGGAUCAUACGGCUGUGAGGUGUCGACAGAAGCGCCCUCAUAUAGAACUGUAAAAGCAGACAAGGAUAUGAAUGUAUAUGUGUUGCCAGAGGGGAAACCCAUAAUUGAUGGAAUAGACCGAAUGUAUGACAUUGGUGAGUAUGUAAACCUGACCUGUAAAUCUAGACCAUCGAAACCAGUAGCAGUGUUGUCCUGGUCAAUAAAUGGUCAGCCGGUUGAUGAACGUUUCUUGACACCCAUGCAAAUUGAACGCUACGUUGACGGAUUAGAAAGCGCUGUCUUAAGUCUACAGUUUCACGUAACCCUCAACAAUUUUAAUCAAGGCGUGAUGAAAGUGCGAUGUACGGCGACUAUUUCUCAAGACUACUACAGCCACAGUGAAGAAACAGUAAUUGGUGAGCGACUGAAGACAGCGACUCCAGAUCCUUCAAUCGUCAACAAUGAAGCUGGACCGAAGAUCAGUGGUGGUCAGACCCGUUACCGUGUGGGGGAUGUCGUGGAUGUGAAUUGUACGUCGGCCAUAGACGUUAGGCCUGCUGAGCUGCAGUGGUUCAUCAAUGAAAAGAAGGCUAGACCCGGAUAUAUCAUCAAAUAUCCAAACAUUAAUUACUUAGGCAGUAUGGUAGCCUCUGUACUAGGCCUGAAGUUCCGAGUUCGACAAGAGCACUUUCUGUCCGACGGACUUCGUCUCAAAUGUACCGCUACGGUCUCCAGGAUCAUCGGUACCAGCAGCAAAGAGCUUACCGUUGGAAAUCUUCGACAUAGUUCGGGCCCUCACGUAUCGGAAAAUAGUGGCUCGGCUUUAAAUAAGGGUUCCAGUUGCUACGUCCAAGUUUGGCUUUUCUGGUGUUUUGUGGCAAUCCUGUGUUCUAUAACUGACUAAUGAAUAACACAUUGCCUGACAUCUUCAGAGACAGGACAGUGGCUACCGUGUCUUUGUGUUUUAUUUUGUGUAGAGACAGUUUCGGUAAGCGUCAAUGUGCCAGAGUCGGCCACGUGGAGCUGCAAGAACACUGCGAGAAGAAUGAUGGGGUUACUAUCUUGGUAUAACCUUCAAGAGGAUCUAUGUUAUUCAACAAUACUUAAAUAACCCUAAAUCAACAAAUUAUCUGCGAUUGGCCUCAGAUAAACUUCCUUGUAUCGGGAAUAUUGUGAUAAGAUCGCUCGUGUCUUUGUGCUAAUGCCAUUUUUCAAUUCACAGCUCUUGUAGAAAUAGAGAAAAAAAUGCAGUCAUCAGAUUAACCUCUAAGCUUUGUGGGGACUUCUGUGAUACGUAGACUUUAUUUUCCAACGUUUCGCUGCCUGUACCAACAAAUCACACACGUGUUUAAGAAGUAGAGGAAUUUCCAUUGAUUAUUAAGUGUUAGGGUUUACUGAGGACAUUAAUUUUAGUAGCUAAAUACUGUAAGUGAAGUCAUUUCUUCGUGCACCUUUUUUAUCUUGUUGCACUGCUUUCAGAUGUUAGGAAUAUUUAAAAAAAAAGAAUGAAGCGUUAAAAGAUUAGUCAGUCAAUCAACGUUAAAACAAAUACACUUGGUUAGAAAACCUCCAAACAAAUAACAGAUACAAUAUUUCCAGCUUGAGGUUCUGAAAACAACAACAACAACAACACCGUUUCAGAAUAUGUUAGGUGAAUUCCAAAUUAUUUAUACUUUAGUUGAUAUUGACAGGGUCUUACCGCUUUAAUGUUUCAGUCAAUAAAAAUUACUCAUCUAUACGACAAACAAUCAACGCUUUACUCUAAACACAGUUAUACAAACUAUUUUCUUAAAUAAAUACAAUUGAUAAGAAUCUUGAACGAAUCCACGUUGUCAACAUCCCUAUUAUCGGGAUAAAAUUGAGUAAAAGUCAAGUUUUGCAGAGAAAUUGUUUUCCCUCGUAGUGAUGAGAUUACAUUUGAGGAAAUACAUUCUGAUAAAAAUAGUUUUUGCUGCCAAUUCAACCAAUCAAGAUAUUUUAUAGCCAGUUGUCCAAUCCUCUCCUCUCAAAAUUAUUAAAAAUUCACCAAUCAAAUGCAUUUAAUUUUAAAAAAUGAAUGUUUAACCUUUCUUCCUUGUGCGAGCUCAUGUGAGAAGCAGACAUUCUAGUGGACUUUCUUAUGAAGUAUUAAGCUAAGAACAUCAUUAAAUGAGGCCUAAAUAGUCUUAGACAAAGCAAUAAUAAUUUUCCACCCAAUAUUUCUGUCAAUAGUCCUAGUAUAUUACUCAUUCUUUUGUCCCAUUAGAAAACUUUAAAAGCUUCCUUUUUUUUUGCAAUUAAGUUUACCCUCCUUCAGUAAAACUAAAUAAUUAUUCAGGUAAACCAAUGAAUAAUGUUGUUUUGUUAUCUUCAGCUGUUUAUUUGAGAUUAAUCUUUUCACUUUCGAAAGUUUUCAUUUGUACCUCUCUUUAGUGUGUUUUAUCGUAAAUAUUCUGAGGCAAACAUUACUCACUAGGGCAUCUUUAACCAAACAAUGUCUAUUCUUAGUUAAAUGUUACCAAGGUAUUUUUUAUCCCUACGAGAUCUAUUCUUAGAUAAAUCUCACCAAGGUAUAUUUCUAGUUAAAUCUCACAGGGUCUUCUUCAAAAAAGGUGUAUUAUUAGUUAUAUCUUACCAAGGUAUCUUUAUUCAAACAAAGUCUAUUUUUAGUUAAAUCUCACAGAGUCUUCUUCAUAAAAGGUGUAUUAUUAGUUAUAUCUUACCAAGGUAUCUUUAUUCGAACAAGGUGUAUUCUUACUCAAAUAUUUUCAGGGUAUUUUUAUACCAACAAGGCAUAUACUUAGAAAAAUCUUACCACAGUUUUUUUGUACAAACAAGCUGUAUUCUUAGUUAAAUCUUGACAAAAUAUCUUUAUACCAAAAAGAUGUAUUCUUAGUUAAAUUUUAUCAAGGUAUCUUUAUUCGAACAAGGUGUAUUCUUACUCAAAUCUUUUCAGGAUAUUUUUAUACCAACAAGAUGUAUCCUUAAUUAAGUAUUACCAAGGUAUCUUUUAUCCAAACAAGUAUCUUUUAACCAAACAAGGCGAAUUCUUAGUUAAAUUUCACAGAGGGUAAUUUUAUUCAAACAAGGUGUAUUUUUAGUUAAAUCUUACCAGGGUAUUUUUAUCUCAACAAGGUGAAUUCUUGGUUAAAUCUUACCAGGAUAUUUUAUAAUCCAAACUAGGUAUUUUUAGUAAAUCUUGCUAGGGUGUAUUUAUCCAAAAAGAUGUAUUAUUAGUUAAAUAUUCUUUAAUAUUCCGGUAUUCUUCCUCAGUUAUGUGUGUUGCUGGAAAAUCUAUAGUAAACACACAUAAAAAUAUUUCAGUAUGGGAAUACAACAUACAGGUUAUUGUUCGGUAAAUUCAACCAGAUUUUAAAACAACAAGUUACGUGAUUAUUUGUCUAAAGGUUAAAGCUAGUGUUCUGAGAAAUAAUCUAUUUGCAGUAUUUGUGACGUUUUAGUACCAGCUCAAGCGCUCUAAUCUCCCAGUGCUGAGGUCUUGUUUUGUUUUGUUUUUACACACGUCAGCAACCUUUUUCUUUUAAAUACGAACUCGAAAUAUACAUGAAACAACUGAAGUUGAAACGAUGACGAGUGUGAUCUGGAUGAGUGACCUACAAACGAAAGAAUUGGGAAUUUACUUGUGAAAAUAUAGAAAUCACCAAGUCAAACAAUCCCCAAGCUUACAAUAUAGUAUUCUGCCAUUCUUUCUUUUUUUCAUUAUUUGUUUAUUUUAUUGUUUAUCUUUUGUUUUCUGAAAUAAAUCAAAUCACAACAAUUCAACAAUAGAACAAUAAAUUUUGAAGCACUAAGUGUUAGACCUUUCUUUGUAGUCCAUUUGUUAUAGGCACCAAGUGAAGCGUUCAAAUUUCUUUAUGUUCAUAUUACGUCUGUAAAUUAAUAUUCUGCAUUCUGUGGCAUAAAAUUGUGUUGUAAGAGUAAACUAUGUGAAUAAUAUCUUUUUUUCUGAGUGUUUAAUAUUUUUUUACAAAUUAUCAGGAUUCAGUGAUAAAAGUACUUUAUUAUAACACUAAAUUAAAACACAAACUGUUUAAAACAAUUCGACGGGCAUCCGUUAUUAUUCGUAAGAGAACACGAUCAGGUGAUUGAAGUUGAAGUGAACUAUAUAUAUUCUACAAAUACAGUUUGUUUCUUUAAUAAGAAUAAGAUUGAGAAAAGAGAAAGUGCAAUAUGUCUAUUAGGGCAUCAAAUUAUGUAUUUUAUAUUGUUUUAUUUCUCUGUCUUUCAAUAUAAUCAUUGUAAGAUGGGUGCAGACAAAGCUUGGAUUGUUGACCAGAAAAAUUGAAUACAUUACUUUCGUGGCUUAUUGAACUUACCUGGAUACUGUAAACAAAAAACCCUAAA